AACAAAGCACCACAAUUUGACCUAUAUCGCCGUCGGGAGAAGCUUUUUGUUGAACAUGCAUGCGCAAACAUGGGCAUUCAUGGAAUCUACAAGGAAAUCGGCCCUGGUCAGCGCAUAGCACUCUCUAAGCUCGCUGUAGAAACAUUCGAAGACACCGGCCGACCCUUUCGCAUUGCUAUAGAUGUAUCCAUAUGGCUUUUCCAGAUUCAGGCGAGCAAAGGCGGCACCAAUCCAGCCCUGCGCACAUUUUACUAUCGACUUCUCCGCCUGAUUUCGCUGUCCAUCAAUCCUGUCUUUGUUUUCGAUGGCCCCAACAAGCCGCCGUUCAAGCGCAAUAAACGGACUGGUCCGAAUGUCGCAUCUAUCCCCGAAUUCCUUGCGAAGCAACUCCUAAAGAAGUUUGGGUUUCCUAUACAUCUGGCGCCUGGAGAAGCUGAAGCCGAAUGCGCACUGCUGCAGCGCAAGGGCAUUGUCGAUGCUGUUUUGAGUGAGGAUGUCGAUACUUUAAUGUUUGGUAGCGGUCGCACUAUCCGCAAUUGGUCCCCCGAGCAGAAGACCGGCAAGACGCCCACGCAUGUCAAUGUGUACGAUGCUGAGGAGACGAAGAAUGGGCCAGCCGGACUGGAUCGGGAAGGCAUGAUCUUAAUUGCGUUGAUGAGUGGGGGCGAUUACGUACCAGAGGGCAUACCAGGAUGUGGGCCAAAAACAGCAUGCGAGGCAGCAAGAGCAGGCUUUGGUAAGGAUCUCUGUAGCAUCGCUAGGAACGAUACGAGAGCUCUGAAAGCAUGGAGAGAACGGUUGCAGCACGAGUUGAAUACGAACGAGAGCAAGCUCUUUAUGCGAAAGAGGCCGAGCAUGAAGAUACCGGACGACUUCCCCCGAAGAGACAUUCUUGGAUACUAUACACACCCUGCCAUUUCUUCUGAUGUUGGUCUCCAGAAAUUACAGGACUCAAUUCAAUGGGAUCAGGACCUCGACUUCCCCGGACUCCGCGACUUUGCCCUUGAAGCUUUCCAGUGGGUCAAUCUCGAAGGCGCAAAGCACUUCAUUCGGAGUUUGGCACCUUCGUUGCUAGUGCGACACUUGAGGAUGAGAGGUGAACGCAUUGAGCGAUUUCCAACAGACGACGUCCGAGCCAUCGAAGAGGACGAGGCGUUGUUAGUCAAGGGGAUUCACGGAAAACGGCAACACGUGGUUACCGAUGGCACGACAGAGCUUCGUGUUAGUUUCACCCCCAUUGAGCUUGUGAAGAUUGAUCUAGAGAUCGAGAACCCGGACGAGGAUUUAGAAGCACUGCGUUACGGUUCGGAAGCGCCAGAAGCAGAAAUUGACGACGAUCUUGAGGAUGAGGAAGGGCCCAAGAAACGCGGGCCGACCAAAUUUGAUCCAUACAAACCAGCACGCGCGUGGGUGCUCGAGACAUACGUCAAGGUCGGCGUACCGCUCAAAGUGCAAGAUUGGGAAGCCAGGCAGCAGAAACCACGAAGGGCGAAUAGAACAGCUUCAGCCAAUGAUGCUAGCCGACCAGCACCCAGGCCUCGCGGGUCUAGAGUAGCGAAGGUUGGUGGAAACGCAUCGCAAGCUACUAUUGAUCGAUUCGCAAAGGUCACCAAACCGGGAACGAAGUUCUCUCGCGCUCUCGCCAAAGUGCAGAAUGAGCCCCCUGAACCAUCACAACCCCGUUCGCCACCGAGAAGAGAAUUCGUCAAUCUCCUGUCCUCUUCGCCAGCCCAGCCCUCUAAUAAGGCCACAUUACCACCGAGAGAGAAAUCUCUUUCCCCACAGGAAGAAGAUGCACCAUCCACUGUGACUAAGAGAAGACGAGGACCAAUACAGCGCGCUCAAACUCUUCCAGCGAAUCUUGCAGACGAACCUCAACGACCAGACACACCACCUCUAUUAGACGUGAUAGAAACGCUGGAUCUUCUAGGCUCAUCAUCGUUGCCGUCUCCACUCCCCAUUCCCGCGAAGAAGCCACGGACACAAACAUCCAGAUCCACCUCCAUCAGGCGAACGGAAUCUAUGAACGCAUCUCCAGGAAAGACUAAACAAUCCACACUAGACGCAUGGAAAUCAACACUCCAGAAACCAACCACAAAGCGAGCACCAGCACCCAAAUUUCAGAUCUCCAAAGAAGGAAUUGAUACACUAGAUCUCACCCUCUCACCACCAACAACCCGCUGCUCCUCCCCAAAAGCCACUUCCCCCUCCCCAACCAGCUCACGUCGUACCAUAGCUGACGUGUUCGCCCCUCGGCCGCCACUCGUCUCGAUCUCCUCAAACGCUUCCCAAUCUUCCUCGACCUCCUCCUCAUCCGCAUCUAGCCCAACUCAGCUCAAAAGCCAAACCUCAAAGUCAAAAUCAAGACGCCAACCAUCUACUACAACGGCAACACGACGCACCUCCCCCCGCCUCUCUACUCGCAUUACUAAACCGCCAGCGCCUCCUCUCCCUACACGAGAAGCUAGAACGGUGUCUCCGCCUUUCCCCACAGAAAUAGAAUCCGUAGACCUAACGACACUCUCCUCACCACCCCCAGAACUUUUAUCCUUACGACCUACGCAACCGCGACAGUCUCGAUGUUCACCAACACCGGAAGCGCUGGAUCUGACGGGCCUUUCGUCUCCCCCACCACCACUAUCACCCAUUCCUUUAUCCGCCACCUCCAAAACUGCAACGACACCUCUCUCUCCAUUGCCGCGGAUAUCUAAAGACCCCCCACGCCGCUCCCCUCGUCUCAGCCUCACUAUCCCUCCUUCUCCAUCUCCCCCUCCUCCGUCCAAGGAAGCACCCUGGAAAUCCCAGGCAAAGAAAAAACGCGCUGUUGUGCUGAGGAAGAGUUUGGCUGGGGCGUGGAGGUUUGAGGAUGUUGCUAGUCCGAACAAAGGGGAAGAAGAGGUGGUGUUGAAGGGGAAAGCGAGACGGAAGUGGCGUGAGAGCGAGAUCGAGGUGUUGGAUCUGUCGUAG